AUGCGAAGAUAUGGAUUUGUUUGUUAUGGGGAUCUUUAUAAGAAUCUUGAAGUAUUAAAUGGAGCAACUAAUGUUCAAUGUGUUAAUACAAAAGUUACUUUACCAGAUGGAAAUCAGAUAAUGAUAGAUCGAGAGCGUUAUGUACCAUAUGAGAUGUUAUUUACUAAUGAAAGAUCUAUUCCUGUUAUGCUAGCUGAAACAUUAUCUAUACUUGAUACAUGGGGACGAGCAGAUAUGAAGGAUCAAAUUAUUAUCAGUGGUGGUCUUAAAGAUACUCCUGGAAUAUCACAUAGAAUAGAAGAAACUCAAAUCAAUAAACUCAUAUCCAAGUGA